AUGGCCGAAGUUGAAGCCAUCCCGCCAGUCCCUUCCGAGACCGUGCUCGACAAUGGAAGUGAUAUAGAACCCGAGAAUGUACCUCUACCUCGCAGUUCAAUGGUCUCAGUGCGACUGUCAGAUAUACCCUUUGAUCCCGAUCUCGACAUCAUCGCUGAACCAGACAUCUCUCAAGAGGCCUCGCAGCCUCGCAGCGGUCCGCCCUCAUCUCGCACCAGUCGAUCCUCUUCCCAUACUUCCGAAAGCUCAAUUUCGCUAAAUUCCGUUAACUGGGAGGGACUUGAAAAAUCGGAGGAACAGGAACAGAGGGACGAAGCCACGGAUGAGUCGACGACGUUGUUGCUGGCGCGUUUGGAGAAGGAGAAUGCAGCAUUAGCCACCAAUCCUAAAGCCGGCAUCACAACGCCUUCGCGCCCGCGCAAAAACACCCGCCCUCCUUCGGUACAGCAGCUCAAACGAAUGGUCGAUGGUCCCCAGCGCCAAUCUUUGAGAUAUUCGCUACUUCCUGCUCCUCCCAUGACAGAAUUGGAAUUCUGGGCAGCGUUGGUUCAAGAUUAUACUCAAACAGCCCAACGACUACCUACUCUGACAUCCAACAAGAUUCGAGGAGGUGUACCACCACCGCUACGUGGUGUUGUCUGGCCCAGUAUUGCUCAAGCUCACGAUGGAUUUCUACAUUCAGAAUAUCAGAGACUCUCCAAUGAGCCUUCGCCUUACGACGGAUUGAUUGGAAAAGAUGUGGGCAGAAGCUUUCCGAACGUGGACAUGUUUAGGGAGAAGGACGGCGAUGGCCAGAGAAUGCUCGGCAAAGUCUUGAAAGCUUUCUCUCUUUACGACAGCAAAAUCGGGUAUUGCCAGGGCCUUGGAUUCGUCGUUGGGCCACUCCUGAUGCACAUGAGCGAACCGGAAGCUUUUUGCAUCCUUGUUAGGUCUGAACACCGCUCCUUUUUUAUUGAGAAAGCUGACACCAAUUUCCAGCAACUUCUGAUUCGACACUUACCACAACUGGCGGCUCAUCUUGAGGAGUUAAAGGUCGAACCAUUAUAUGUGUCACAAUGGUUCCUGUCAUUUUUCGCCGUCACCUGCCCACUCCCUAUGCUUCUCCGAAUUUACGAUGUAAUAUUGUCCGAAGGAGCAACAGAAACGCUGAUGAGGGUUGCGUUGUCACUGAUGCAACGGAACCAGAAAAAGCUACUUGCCUCCACCGAGUUUGAGGACGCGAUGCAGUUUUUGCUGUCGAGAAGUCUCUGGGACACUUAUGCACAGCAUGCGGAUGAUCUGGUAUCGGACUUUGUGUCAUUGACUGGGUUGGUGAGCCGAGAGUCCCUUGACUCACUAGAGGCAAAUUUCAGGCACUCCCAGAAUUUAACGGCGGCACCCUCAUUGAAAGGUGCCGUGUCUUCGUUCUUGGGCAGAUUCUGGGCAGGCUCGUCCCACGCGCCAUCUAGAUCCCAGAAUCUGAGUCUUACAAUCCCAGGAAAUAACAAGUCGGUUCGAAAAUCGUCCUCAGGACAAAGUCUGACAUCGACCCUUAACUCGCUUGAGACAACCAACACAGACGUCAGUACACUUGCCACAGACAUCUCGGAAGAAACGCCGCCGAAAUCGACUGUAUCCGCUGCCACCAGCGUCCAUUCUGCAAUCGUACCUACUCCCGAUUCGAGCAAUCGCAAUCUCCAUAACCAGAUUGAAGAUUUGCUUACAGAACUUUCCAAAGUUCAACGGCAGCAUGUGGAACUUGCCCAAGAGCUUCAGAAAGAGCGAGAAGAACGUGAAGAAGAUCGGCAGAUUGCCCGGAAAUUGCUGGAGCGACUACAACGGCAGACAACCGAUAUCAGAGACUUGGUGGAUGUGGACAGCUCCGAGGCCACGGACGAAGAUAUGGACCUUGACACUCUCAUGGCUCAGGCUGAAUGUCAACUGUGUCGAGACGGCUCCAAGCGACUAUCUGUGUCGCAAUCCAAACACCAGCUCCGCAACGCAGUUUCAGAGCUGAAAGAGAAGCAUGAUGCCGAGGUAACGAGGUGUCGAGAUCUCAUGAGACAACUUGACGAGCGAGAAGCAGAGCAAAAUACUCUCAAAGAGCAGCUGCGAGAUGCUCGAGCUCGGAUCCAGGAUGCGCAUCGUGACAAGCAGCGUUUGGAAAGGACGGUCAGCGAGUUGCGCUCCCGCAAUAACUCGGUGCCAGACUCGCCUGCCGACCUCUACACCCCUGUCACUGAGUUCCCAGACCUGAAGUUACCUCCCCCAAAAUCUGGACUGCGAGAGCUGAAAUUGGGCAAACCGGAAUUGCCCCGGUCAAGCAGCGUUGGGCCUUACUCUAAGCGUUCAAGCAGCCUCAACGCCCAAGCCGUCCUCGCCACUGAAAACCACGAGCCCAUCUCUAAUGAUACACUACUGCUGGAGUUGGUGAAUGCCAAGACAGCUGAGGCGGUGGCACGACAGGAGUUGGAGGAGACCAAAGGAAAGCUAGAUGCCUUGCGCAAGAUCUUGGGUGGAUCGACAUCAUCCCCUACGACGCGAGCCAGUGCGACCGAAUCACCAACGACGCCUGCUGUGCCGGCAAGUCAACCGCCAAAAGAAACUCCCAAAUCUACGCAUGCGCCGACGGCAAGCACCGGAGGAUUUUUCAGUGGAUGGGGAAAGCGAGGGAGCUAA